GAUAAAUGUUACAGUUCGAUACGUGCACGUCUUCUUGUAGACUUGUCUAUCUAUAUCUGUAUAUAUGCCAGCCAGAAACCAUCUAGAUAACAAAGAACCCAAAGCAAAGUCAACAAUGGGAAGAGCAGAGAUAGAAAAGAUGGUGGAAAAAUCAGAAGACAUUAACAAUCUGGAAAGACUACCGGAAGGAUGUAUAUCUGACAUCCUAUCUCUAACAACACCGGCAGACGUGUGCAGGUCUAGUCUACUUUCAAACCUUAUCAAAUCUGCUGCUGAUUCAGAUGUUAUCUGGGAGAAAUUUCUGCCGGCCGAUUAUCAGGAGAUCAUUUCAAGAGCAUUUUAUCCUUUUCCGUCAGCUGCCGCAACAUCUAAGAAAGAGUUAUAUUAUCGACUGUGUGAUGACCCACUUCUCAUUGAUGGUGGUCUGAAGAGCUUUCAGUUGGAAAAAUCUAGUGGAAAGAAAUGUAUCAUGCUUGGAGCAAAGGAGCUUGCAAUUGAUUGGGGAGAUAAUCCUCACCACUGGUAUUGGCGAGGUUACCCUGGCUCCAGGUUUGCUGAGGUGGCCGAACUGAAAUGGUCAUGUUGGCUGGAAAUCCGCGGGAAGCUCGAAACUCGAUUGCUGUCACCUGAGACCUUCUAUGCAGCUUACCUUGUGCUGAAGUUCAAGCAAGACGUUUAUGGAUUUGAUGACGAACCUAUAAAGGCCAAAGUCGAAGUCGUUGGAGGAGCUGGUGGUGACACCAGCCAAGAGAGACUUAUCUACUUGAGUCCCAAUGGUGGCAAGGAUCAGUAUGUUGCACGGAAGAGAGGAGAUGGAUGGAUGGAGGUUGAGAUGGGUCAUUUCUAUAACGAAGGAGGACCGGACAACGAGGGCGGGGAGGUGCAUAUGUCUGUGAUUGAGACUGAGAAUUUAGAAGCCAAGUAUGGCAUUAUUGUGCAAGGUAUGGAACUUAGACCCAAGGCGGACACAUAAAUACUGUAAAACAUGGAAAUGCACUUCAUUGUAAAAAUGUAUCAAAAAAAGGUUAUUGCUUAGUAAUUGGCAGUGAUUUGUGAACUAUGUCUAGCGUGUGAAUUUUGUUUGUCAAAAGGGAAGCUGUGAAUUUUCUUGGGCUUGUCAAUAAAUUCGCCAGAAUCAGUUAGUUAUACGGAGUUCACAUUCUCAACUCAGAAACAGGCAAAACCAGUUCACAGGAAAAAGAAGAAGAGAAAAACUGAGCUGAUGAU